AUGAUAGGUGGAAAUGAAUCCUGUACUGCAGGACCGAUGCCUAUGUCCUACUUGACCUGCCUGACUUACAUCCUGGGAGAAUGGACUGGCGUGGAGCAUAUUGAAGAUUAUCUGAGUUAUGCAGUCUACCUUUUAUGGGUGCUUUUGCCACUGGCAGUGGUUUUUAUACUUCCAGGAAGUAUCAUCAUCCUCUUUUAUACUUCCAUUCUCCUCCUUCAUAUUUAUAAAAGGAAGAAUGAACUAAAGGAAGCUUAUUCCCACGACUUUUGGGCUGGUGGAAAACAAAUGCUGGCUACCUUAUGGGAUGGACAUGGAAGAAUAUGGCAUGGUUAUGAGCUUCAUGGGACCGAAAAUAUUCCUGAAGGACCAGGGCUUAUUGUGUUCUAUCAUGGAGCUACUCCUGCUGACUGUAUCUAUUUCAUGGCUAGACUUCUGAUAGAGAAGAAGAGAUACUGCUAUGCAGUAGCUGAUCAUUUCGUCUUUAGAUUACCAGGUUUUAAAAUACUACUUGAUGCACAUGGAGUUAUGCAUGGACCAAAAGAAGAGUGUGUGAGUGCUCUGAAGAAGGGCUCCCUGCUGGCCAUUGCCCCAGGAGGAGUUCGGGAAGCACUCUUCAGUGAUGAGAUGUACACAAUCAUCUGGGGCAAUCGGAAGGGCUUUGCUCAGGUGGCCAUUGAUGCAAAAGUGCCCAUCAUUCCUAUGUUUACACAAAAUGUCCGAGAAGGAGUCAGGACAUUAGGAGGAAUAAAAAUCCUGAGGACACUCUAUGAACGCAUCAGACUGCCCAUAGUCCCUCUGUAUGGUGGCUUUCCAGUCAAGCUUCGUACAUUUAUUGGAGAGCCCAUCCCAUAUGAGCCAAAUGUAACUGCUGAGGAACUAACUGCAAAAACAAAAGCAGCUCUCCAAGCUCUAAUAGAAAAACACCAGAAAAUACCAGGAAAUAUAUUUAGGGCUUUAAUGGAACGAUUUCAGACACAAAAGAAAGAUGAUUAA